UAUUCACACAGCAAACACACCAUGAUUUUGUUAGAUUACCACAACGUCAUCAUCAAGAACACUUUAGAUGCCAGACUCAAAGGCGAGAAGGUCGAGCCCGUUGAUAUGACUGUAGCUGAUUUCGAUGGUGUUACAUAUCAUAUUAGCACACCAGAGUCCAACAAUGUCAUUCACAUCUCUCUUGGCUGGGCUUGUGCUGCUGAACUCUUUGGUCAUGGUGCCAAAGAAGUUUUACAACGCGAGUAUGGCACCUUACUUUUAGAUUCGCCUGAACAAGGUUAUGAUGUCACUCUUGCCAUUGAUUUGGAACAAUUGCCUGCAGAUGCUGAGGCUAAGGAUGAGCUUGUGCGCAAAGUUUCUCUUUUAAAGCGUAAUUUGUUGGCUGCUCCUUUUGAAAUAGCGUUCCAAGAACAGGAACAAUGCGAAAAGGAACAAAAAACUGAAAUCAAAUCAGAGUUGAUGGCCGUUCAUUAUCGUCAAGAAGAAGCCAUCUAUGUCAAAUCCAACUUUGAUCGUAUUACAGUUAUCUUCAGUACAACUUUUAAGGAUGAGACGGACAAGAUUUUCGGAAAAGUAUUUUUGCAGGAAUUUGUUGAUGCUCGUCGUCGUGUACCUGCUUUACAAAAUGCCCCUCAAGUCUUGUAUUCUAUCCGUGAACCUCCAUUGGAACUUCGCCAUUUAAAUUUGAAGGACAGCGACGAUGUCAGUUAUGUUACAUUUGUCUUAUUCCCUAACCAUUUCACUACUGGUGAUGUGCGUGAGGAAACUAUUUCUCGUAUUCAAAUUUUCCGUGAUUAUCUUCAUUAUCACAUUAAAUGUUCAAAGGCAUAUAUGCACACACGUAUGAGAGCUCGUGUUCGUGAUUUCUUGAAGGUCUUAAACAGAGCUAAACCAGAGAUUACAAACGCUGAAAGGAAGACAGCAAGUGGAAGAACUUUCCGUAGAUCUUAAAAGCUCUAUUUUUUUUUUUUUACAUAAAGUUUUCAUUUAUAUUGUAGUGAUAUUUUUAAGCACCGGGUAGAAUUAAAAAAAAAAAAGUCCCCUUGUUUAAACAUUUCUUUUCU